GCAGUAGAACGGCCGAUAAGUAAUCUAAUUUGAAUCGAAGAGCAGUGUGUAAAGUUUUGCCGUGUCGAACACAUCGGUGCGAAGUCAAAAUGAAGAGAAUCCUGAUGUUGCUAGCUCUCGCCGAAACAUUCAGCGGCAUUCAGUCGUGGUCCGUUCAAAAGGAUUCGGAAUCCAAUUACACCAACGUUUUGAACUUCCAUGCGAUCAAAGAUACUGUAGCGUUGAGAAGUGUUUCUAACAUCGAAAAUGUACAUUUUAUCAACGCCAAUAUCGAUACUGUUACACAAAGUUUCUCAAACCAGUUAGAGAAAUGUGUUUGGCUCAAUUUUACCAAUGGAACCGUCAAAGCAGUCCUUAUAAACAGUAAACUUUUAAUGAUCGAUCUAAAUAACACAGCUACUGAAAAAAUAAUUAUUGAGCAAGGACAGGAGUACAAACUUGUCACGUUAUUGAUCAGGAAAUCCAAACUGACAAGAAUUCCACCAAAUGUUAACCAGUUGAAACAACUAAAACGAAUAGAUAUAAUCGAGAGCUGGAUAGAAUACGUAUCGCUAAACGAUUUCAAUGGUUUGGAUAACUUAUAUGAAAUUGAUCUUUCCGAUAAUAGAAUAAAACAAGUUCAAACCAGUGAUUUUGUUAGUCUACUGACGCUUUUUCGAUUAGGAUUUCAUAAUAAUCGCUUGUAUCAGCUUGAUACGUGUCGUUGGGAUAUGCCAUCGCUUGCCGAGCUACGCCUCAAUAACAACAAUCUAGUGCACUUUUCCGUCGGACACUUUCCCUCACUUAAGCUGUUAGCCCUAGCGUCGAAUCCCAUGAACUGUGCAUGGAUGACUAGCUUAGUGGAACUCUUACAACGUAGGGCUAAGUAUUUUUGGUUUGGUUACAAGUUUACACAAGACGAAUGGUCAUGCAACGGAGCCAGCCUAGGUGACUUCGAUGUGCACUGUCCGUCAACGCCUGAGAAAAUACAGAAGCUUGAUCCUGAUUCUAGAAGCAGAUUGGAAAAAAUUGAAAGUGCAAUCCAUAAACUCGAUUCCAAGCUGAACGAUCAGUACAACAUGGCGAACGAUAUGAUAGAAACAAUGUAUAGGACGGCAAUCGCGAGGGCGUUCUGGGGAAAAAGGAAUUGAAGCUUCAACCAACGAAUGUAUGAUUCUCUAAACCACGAGGCGGCUCCUACUUUUUAAGUAUUUUUUUAUCUUGUAAAAAAAUGAGAAUAAAAAAAACAUGUU